UCAUCGUCUUGACAACGACGUAGGUGCAGCGCCAUGACGCCAUGAAUCGGGGCGACCGUGUUUGAAAAUAUUUGCGUGGCUGCUGCUGCUGCGUCUGCCGGUCGGUGUCUGCUCCGAGCCUUGGCGUGUGACAGAGAUUGCAUUAUUGUUUAAGACAUAUCAUUGCAGAACGGCCAUGCAACAUUUUGGUACUCUCUGUUAACGUGUUCAGUAUGGCGCUCAAAUUGGUGUGGUUGGUUCUUGGAGUUGUCCGGAUACUGUGGUGCUUGGCACCACAAACAGGCUACAUACAUCCUGAUGAAUUUUUUCAAUCUCCCGAGAUCAUGGCAGGUGAUAUUUUGAACCUCAAAACAUUCCGUACUUGGGAAUUUAAUACCAGUUAUCCCAGCAGAUCAGUCUUUUUCCCAUUGGUCACAGCAGGCUUUUCAUUUACAGUACUUAAAGCCUUACACAAUUCUGGCCUUUUUGGCAACAUCAUAAACAGUUAUACAUUAUUAGUUUUUCCCAGAUUCUUCCUGACAUGCCUGUCCUUUAUAUUGGACUACUCUGUAUACCAUUUAGCCCGUAUCUGGAAAGUAGAUCCAUGGAAUGCUUUAAUGCUGCUAAGUGGAUCACAUGUCAUGCUGGUUUUUUGCACUAGAACAUUUUCAAAUCUUAUAGAAGCAGAUUUAUUUGCGCUGUUGCUGUUGUUGGUAGCUAUGGAUACAAAGCAAUCAAAUGUGGGCCCACAUACUGGAAAAAAGGACAGAGGAAACAAGCAUCUUAUUGGAAUUGUUUUAGCUUCUGGGUUUUUUAACAGGCCCACAUUCAUUGGCUAUGCUGUAGUGCCAAUGCUCCUGUGGCUUUCUCAUGAUCAGAAAGGCACAUUUCAGUUCAGUUUAAAACGAAUCGUGAUAAACUGUAUUAGUGUUUUGAUUUCUGCAAUUGCAACCAGUUUUCUUUUCAUUGUGACUGAUGCACUGUAUUUUGGUUCAUUGUUGUCCAAAGGGGACUGGCUUUUGAAAGAUGGAAAUACUGUGUACAAAUAUAUUGUCGACAUAAGUCAACAUUUAGUUUUAACCCCUGUCAAUCUUAUUUUGUAUAACUUAGAUCAAAAAAGCCUUGUUGCACAUGGUAGUCACCCUUGGUUUACGCAUUUGACUCUGAAUAGUUUUUUGCUAUUUGGUUGCCUUCAUUUGUUUGUUGUUGUAUCUGGUAUCAAAAUGAUAGUCAGCAAGUUUGCCUGCAAAGCCAACUCUCAUACUCCUUGCAAAAAACAUUUGGAAAAUAAAUUGUCGUCACAGUUUUCUUCUACUUCCCACUUUGAUAUAUAUUUGUUCCUUGUCUAUUUAAUUCCCAUCCUUUUUUUAUCAUUGUUUAGUCAUCAGGAACCAAGAUAUAUUGUCCCACUCAUUGUGCCACUUGUUAUUCUCAGUGUUCCAAAAUGUGAUAUAUUCCAAUGGAAAGUUAUUAUAGUCCUAUUUAAUAUCUUGGGGUCAGUGCUUUUUGGCUGUUUGCACCAAGGUGGUCUAAUUCCUUCUCUGUCCCACUUAGAGAAAAUUCUGCAUUCAAAGAAUCAAAUGGCUCAGCAAAACGAGUAUGAUUUGAUAUUUUACCACACCUACAUGCCUCCUAGAUAUCUUCUUAAUGUCAAAUCAAAUCAAGAAUUCAUCAGAAUCAUUGACCUGGGUGGGUCGGAUGUACAUGUGCUGAACAGUACAGUGAAUGGGCUGCUUGAUAAUAGCUAUUCCAAACAUAUUGGGAAGAAUCAGAAAAUGAAUAUCUAUAUAAUUGCACCGGGUACUGUUCAAAAUGCUAUUGAUAGCUGUGGAAUUAAUUGGAAAACUGUUAAGUCCUUCUUUCCCCAUUUAACUCUGGAAGAUCCUCCUGACCUUUCUUCUCUUCUGUUGAAGAAUGAAUGGAACCAGCUGAGUCUUUAUAUUUCUGAGGUGAUUAUAAAGUCAAAGAAUUCAGAAAUGUAGUAUUAGUUUUGGUGUAUAUUGUACAGUAUAAUGUGAAGUUAUCGGAAAAUAUACCGAGUGUAAAACUUGAAUGUGUUUACAGAAUGUUACAUGAUUCACACCAUCUAAAGCCGAAACACAUCAAAAUGCAACGCAUGCUCAAAAAUUUGUUGUUUUAAAAAAAAAAAAAUCAUAGAAUUGCUGUUUAAAAAUAAAUACAGGAAGAAAUAUUUUGGUUUCUGCAGACAGAAUAUCAUGGAACCAGGAUACUUAGAAAACAUAAAUAAUUAUAUAUGAUACUAUGAUGCUUCUGGAAGUGUAUGAUGAUGCAUAUAUGUCUGCAAUGUCCUCCCUGUGAUUUGCUGGUUUUGUGGGUUUUCAAGCAAACAUUUAGGUAAAUCCAUCACAAAAGAAAAAUUAUACACACUGCCAAUUAUGUUGAUGGAAGAGACCAACAGGACGUUACCUUCUGCUUAAUAAUGGUAUGGGAUAAAAGGGUGAAAGAAUCAUGAAUAAAUGAAAAUUGACAUUUUCAGGGAUUGAAUGUUUUGUACUUUGGGAAAUAAAAUAUUAUAUUACAAAGCUU